AUGCCUUUCAAGAUUGACUGUAAUACGGCGAAAGAAAUGCCAGUCCCUCCCGUCUUCAAGCUCAAGAGAAGCUGCAAAGAGAUCAAAAUCGUGCAGAAAGCCAUGGAAAGCAACACCAUCUCCAUUACUGACAUUGACCAGGCUCUCUCGGACGAUGAGACCUUGCAUCAAUCCCAAGUUAAGGUUCAGACAGAUGCGAUUGAUAACCUAGACGGUUAUGGUAGCGAUUUUUCUGAAACUACAUCAGUAGCAUCGGAUGACUCAACCGAGCCAGAAGCUAAAGGUGAUGAAUCCCAGCAGCCCAUUCACGAUGUUUGUCACCCCUGGGAUGUUGUGGAUUAUCAUCUGUAUCUUUGUGGGCUUGAGAAGGGUAUGGACACACACACGAGGCGCAAUGGCAUGUACGUGUAUGACGGACUCGACUGCCGUCCAGUAUGCUACCGUGAGCUCUGCGACAAGGAAUCGUUCGAUCCCUCCAAUAUCGGAGACGAUCCCAAAUUCUUAUCUUGGAUCUUGCCUAUUAGCGACGGGGGCCCUUCUUUCAAUGGAAGAAGCUAUGUUCUCGGCUUCGAUUACAACAGCGGUACUCUUUUCGCCCGUCACUUUGACUGGAUGCCCAGUAGGACUGAUGACAUCUGGUGCGUGUGGGACGAUGGAUGUACCACAUACCGUCUCAGCGUUCCCGACCUAUUCAAUGUACUGGAGUCAGUUCUCUCUAGCAUGGUGCACGUUGGUGGAGGCAUUCUCAGCUCUAGCCCUUAUUGCUUGGCUGCCACGAGGAGCGAUGACCCUGGCUUCGAGAUCGUGAUUACCAUCCUGUUUUGCCAGUGGGUAAUAGACUUUGCGGAAAUCUUUUUCGACCAGGACGAAGCGAAACGCGACAUAUUCACGAUGCAGCUCACCAACUAUAUGGAAGAGUGUCGUCUUAUCCUGCAGCGGGCCUCAUAUAGGGCGUGGUUUGCUUCGCGCGACGGUUACACGAAGAAUGAAUACUCCCGCAAAGCAGCCAUCGACAAAUAUACCAACGACCUUUACACUUUCAGCAAAUCCGCCGAGAACGGGAGUUUGAAGGGCAAGUCAUGGCGUGCACCAGGCCUGGACACAUGUAACCUUCUCCGUCAGAAGGAUAGAGUGCGGAGAAGAGAACGGGCCGAGCGACGAUUGACCGAUCUGUUUACAAUUUCCGAGCCUGAUUCCCAUGCUGAAUCUUCUGAAAAGGUGCUGGAGAAAAUGUUGGCAAAGGCUGAAGAGAACUUUCAAUCAGCUAUUGGGUUAGAGACCCCCAGGACACCUUCGCCACGCCUCCUUCAUACCAACUCCUUUGCGGGCGAUGUCUCAAGCCCUAGAUCGCCUGAGAUUAUCAUCGCAGCAAAGGAGCCAUCCUUUAAUUUUGAGGCCACAGAUUACCAUAAGAUACCACUCCCUCUUCUUCUGGAGCGUACCUUGGAGCUUUUCGAAUCUCAGCCGGGUUUGGACACGCCAGAGAACCGUUACCAGUUUGGUGCUUUGUUGACCGGGUUUGGUAUUGCUGUCCAACGUAAGCUCAUGGAGCACUCCUCAUCGGUCUCGAAGUUAGGAUAUGAGAAUAACAGUUGGAAAUUGGUUUUACGCUCUUUGGCUGACUCAAAGAGACCAAUCGCCCGUCAUCGCCUUCUUCCUAGCCCUAUUCUGGACUAA